AUGCGGAGCCCAAGUUCCACUGGGAUUGUCAGGGCAGACGGUGAAGGUUUGGGGAUCAGCCACAAUCCUGAUGAAGGACAGGUGCAGCAUUCAUUGCAAACCGUGCUUCGAGCCGAGGCCGCGUACCUCCCUAGAGAUACUUCUCCCUCCAUUGGCGCACGGGCCCAAGGUUCUGACGUGCAUGGGCACGUAACACCCGUUGAGGAACAUGCACCUUACGGAGGCACUGGGAACGAGACGCCGAACGCAUCUUCUUUAUUGAAGGCAAUUUUAGGACUGUGGCCACCGCUGCAUGAAUUUCCGCGGUGGUAUUGGUCUCGACUAACAGGCUACGAUCGAUCUAAGAAAAUGUUUGGUUUUUUCCUUCGUGGGAUUUAUUGGUGA